CGACCCUGAAGCGAGGCUCUUCCACCUGGGGCUGUAUGGACCCCCGCCGGGGCACAGGUGGUGUGGGGGGACUACAUUUCCCAGGCUGCCUCGGGCGCGGGCUUCCCCCUUGUUAGCGUGAGAGCUGCAGGUUGAUCGUCUUGGUUGCAGAUGAGCAGAGAGAAAACAUUGGAGGGGGAGAGAGAGGGAGAAGGGGGGCUAGGAGAAGUGCCUUGGGCAGGCGAAUUAUGCAUGCAUUAGGCGAGCGCUGAGAGAAUGGCUGUGGAAGCUAUCCAUUGCAAUCUGAAUCCCAAUGGCAUUGAUCGUCCUGUCCACACAGAAGAUAUUAACCUGUCACUUGAAGGUGAAGGAGUUGAGUUGCCCUCACGUAAGAAUGAUAAUACUCAAAAGGUGAUUGAGUCGAAAGGGACACCCAAGAGACAGCAGGUGGAACCAGAAACAUCUAAGUCUGGUACUGUGAAACUGACAAAACCAGUAGCUCUGUGGACUCAGCAGGAUGUCUGCAAGUGGUUGAAGAAACAUUGCCCUAAUCAGUAUCAAAUCUACAGUGAGUCAUUCAAACAGCAUGACAUAACGGGCCGUGCAUUGCUGAGGCUUACUGACAAGAAGCUUGAACGAAUGGGGAUUGCCCAGGAGAGCCUACGACAGCACAUUUUGCAGCAGGUGCUUCAGCUGAAAGUGAGAGAAGAAGUCCGAAAUCUACAAUUACUUACACAAGCCCCAACAGAGGUUUCUCCAUAAACACUACCAGCCUCUAAAGCUUCUGUCCUGCCAGGUGAUAUGAAAGUGAACUUUACUUCGUGAAAAGCAUAACAAAUGACACUGCCAGAAGGUGACCAUGGAGAAUUGAAAGAUUAACUGAAAUACAACCAUUCAGUCAAGAUGAUGCAUUCCGGAAAGUCCUGGUUUGCUGUGGAAUUAAAAUGUGGUGCAUAAAAUACAGUGCUAAUUUGUUCAAAGUGGUCAUUGACAGACCAUUAGCUGGAAAACUGUUUCCAGUUUUCAUCACUGUGCAUAACUGUGAGUUCCCUUUAGGGGACUAUCUGUGCCCUUCACUGGAAGUCCUGUUUUAGCAUGGCAACUACUGGAUUAUUUUAUUAUGUAUGCAGAUGGCAUGAUGAUGUUUUAGGAAAAACUUACAGCAGUUCUCCAACCUCCAUAAAAAUGUUCACAAUAUUACACCCCUGAUAGGAAUGUAAAUGUCUUGUGUAUGUUAGUUAUGCAGUCUAAUGGUAUUCUGUUUAACUAUAUGUGAUCUCCACACAGAAGAGUUAGCACCUUCUAUACAUGUCAGGAAAGGUAUUUUCUUUAUUUCAAUACUAAAAUAUGUUUCAGUACCUACACUGAGACUGUAUCUAAAAUAGAGCCCGUACUUGCUUAUAUUCACAGUUUCAUGGGAGAUUGCAUAGAUAGAUUUGCUCAUGGCAAGUAUGCACUAGACAUAUUUUAUUGAGACUUAUUGAACAGCUCUCAUGGAGGUAGCCAGGAAUAGGGGAUGUUGAAUGGACUAUCAGACAUUGUGUCUGCUGUCCCUCGCCCCCACCAAUAAACCAAGCAGUCCACAUUUCUGUUGUGCUAAUGUGAAGUUCCCAUUAAAUUGUAAAGGAAAAGAUCCCUUCUCUGAGAUGCAGUGUGCCUAUGGCUUCGGUCUACAUUAAACACAAGAGAGACUGGAGAAAUUCUGGUACUUCUGCUAAUCACUAUUUGGCGGGGGGGAGGAAAUCACAACUUGCAGAGUCCGAACAAAACCUCUUGAAGAUAAUAAAGAGUGAGAGGUGGACUAGAUGCUCCCACUCUGUACGACUCCUCAUAGAGGACAGAUACCUCCAUUAACAUUUCCUCCUCUUUCUACCCAAAACACUUUUUUUUUUUUUUUUUACUCUGAACUGGGGUUAAGGUAAAUGGUUCUAAUAACCCUUUGGGCAUUCUGUAGCAGGCUCAAGACUGUUGCAUUCAAACUGAGCAUUGUUAUUUGUCGUUCAGUCUCCAAGUGGCUGACAUCACGGGUUGUGUCACAGCUGGCUGUGGUACAGUUUUUAUCCGCGGGGACUUGCGGGAAGUACUUUUCAUCCCGCCCCUCACAUUGGGACCUAUUUGAAACAGACUAUUUACAAUGAAGUAAAUUAAAUAGUCAGCAGCAUCACAAGGGAUCAGCCUGGUGGUUCUUGCAGUUCGUAAAUCAAAGAUGGCACUUUGGGUAGCCACAGAAGAUCUUUCUCUCCAACCUAACGGACUAACACUUAGUCCAUCUGCCAAACCUGUAGAAAGCCUUCCAUGUCGGAGACUUAGAUACCAACAGUGGAGAGAAGAUGAAUCUUCAUGGGAUAACUGUAAGACAAAGGGAUAUUUUUGAGGGAUUUCAUGUGGUACACUUUUAGAAGCUAUUCUAUACACUACUAGUGAUUGUAAGGUCAACCAGUUAGAGCACCAGUGCACCCGAAGUGUAUAUUUUUGGCUUUGUCAGAUGGGUGUGGAUUUAUGUCAGAACUUUUCACCCAUCCCUGGUAUGCAAACAAUAUAUAUACUUUUUGGACAGAUAUAAAAAAAAAUUAGGAUCAGCAUGUUGGCUACUGUAUAAUAUCAAUUUAGAGCACAAUUACAGUUAGUUAUGGCCAAGAUUUUCAGAAUUGUCUCGUGAUUGUUGGGUGCUUAACUUGACACCUUAAGGGAGCCUGAUUUUCAGAAAAUUCUGAAAACCAGGUCUCUCUAAAGUUUCUCAAAUUGGGCAUCCAGAACUUUCGGGCAUCCAGAAUCACAAGUCACUCUUGAAAAUUGUGGCCUUUAAUUUAGAUUGGUUAGAAAAACUCCAGUAAAGGCAUAAGAAUAAUAUCUUCUCAGUGCAAAGUUGCUAGAGCAAUACUUUAGCAAUGUGUACUUUUUAGAAUUGCCCACAGUAUUGCAAGUUGACUUUUUUCGAAAUUUGUCAUGUGCAUUGCAGAAUUUCAUUAAAAGUUUUAGCACAUUUUAUAAUCCUUUGCUAUUGUUCUGAUUUAGAAUGAAUUCUGGCAACUGAGAUCUGUCAUUUUCGUAGGUCACUCACAUUACUAUUGCUGUUUAAAAAAAACUUUAUUGGUUUGUUUAAAACAAAACAAAGAGAGAGAGAGAUACUUAUAUGUUAAGGAUCCUCUUUUACUAUACUCAAGUUUAUUACAUAGUGAUACAUUCUAGAAUAAUUCAAAUGAUAAAGUUAAGAUUGUCACAGAUCAUUAUACUAUAUGGGCGUGAGAGAAAAAGAUUAGUUAGGUAAAAUGUUUUUAUAUCAAUGUUAGUUUUAAACGUCUACUAGUAUAUGGGCAUGAACUUAGAUGUCUGAACUAAUCCGCUUAAAACAGUUUGUUUUAAAUGAUUCCCGGGGUUUAGUUAGGAGGAUCUGGGAAAUACAGUGUUAGAGGCACUGAGAAAUGUGAAAAUAAAGGCCAAGUCCUGGUCUAACUGAAUUCAGUGGAGUUUUUCCAGAGAUUUCAGGAGGCCACUGUUUGACACUAUGCUUGAAACUUACUUAGGCCUCAAUCCUACAAAGACCUAUGCACGUGAAAGACUUCAAGCAUAAGGAUUCUCCCACUCACGUAUGUAAGUGUCUACAGGAACAGGGCCAUAAGGAGCUCACUGUAUGUUUGAUUUGUAUUUAACUAGUAACCACAUUUAAUCACUGUUACUCUCCGAAAAUAGGCCAUGCUUCCUCAGGGAUAUUUAUGGAAUUAUUAUACAUCCGAUGAACAAUUGUCUCAAUUCCAACACAUUCCUCUGAAAAGUGUGUAAUAUAAAUAAGGGUAGGAAGGGGGUUACAUUACUGUGAACGGAGUGGAGUACUGUGUUGUGUGAGAGGCUACAGAAAGCUUUCAUGUUUUUAUGCUGAACACCUUAUUAAUAGCAGACCCGCUCCACUUUUCCCUGGGUCCCAAGAAUAGAUCCAUGGAAAGAAUGCUCUGUCUAUAGUCAUAAUUAAUUUAUAGCAAGGGUGCCAAGACUAAGCCAACAUGAAAGGUAAGGAAUAAAUUCAUUCCUGCAAAAGGAAGUGAAUUUAAAUAUGCUCAUAGCCAUUAGUUCUGUGCAAAAGCAGAGGAGACUAGUAGGAGACUAAUGCCAUUGUGUUAGAAUAGCAGCCCUAUGGAGGUAGGGGUGUGUGUGUGUGUGAGGGAGAGAGAGAGAGAGAGAUGGUGGUUAAUUUAAUAAUGUGGGUGGGUGGGUGGGUGUGUACUUUGCAUUAUCACACAGUAUCACCAUUAAAUUUACCACUGUGAUGCUGGCAAUUGAAUGACCACAGACUUGACUACUACCUCUAAAAUACGGGUAAACAAUAAUAGUAUCACUAGCAGAAUACUCCUAUCUCAGCACCCAGUCCUGCAGCCCUGCUCCCAUGAAUGGUCCGAUUGCCUGCUACCCUUAUUCACCUGGACCCAUAUGUGAGUAAAAGCUGCAGCAUCAGACCUUCACUAAGGAGUUUUCACAGAGGCCAAGCCAUCUUAACUAGUUCAGAUAAUGUUUUUUCUUAUACUAGGAGGGUGAAGGAAUCACCAGCCUACGUAGGAAACUAUACUACAGAUGAAAAUACGUUGUGUGCUUUUUAUUCCCUAUUUUUAACUGUAUUGCUUGCUUUGUCUGCAGCUGUCACUUAAUUGAUUUGUUAAGAAAGAUAAAGACUUACAGGCAAGAAGCUUGCAAAAGCUCUAUUAGCUCUUCGGUUUUGCCAAUCCAAGUGCAUUAGCAGGUUCAUUCUGCGCACUAUUUUCCUCUCUAUUUUUUAAGAGUAAUUUUGUGACUUUACAACUAGACUUAAAGCAGCUGCAGACUAUUUUAAAGAGAGGUUAACCUUUGAGAGUGACAUAAUUCUUUAUUCUGUAAGGGCUGUGGGGCAGAUCCCCAGCUGGUAUAAAACAGCAAAGCUUCAUUGAAGUUGUUGGAGCUUCACUGAUUUAUGCGAGCUGUAGAUCCAACUCCAUUUUGCUGGUUUUUCUUAAAACAAAAUAACAAAAACACUAGAUAGGUCAAUUAUUCAAAAAUUGCUCACACAUGGAAAAAAAAAUCUUGCAUGUUUUACCUCUGUACUCUUAUAACAAAUAGUAUCUUUGUAAACUCAGUCUGAAUGAAAGCCCUCAAUACCUGGCUAUGGUACAAUUGGCUCUCAUCUCUAGACUGUGAUCAAUAUAAGAUUUUAAUUUAAAAAUAAAAGGGUCCUGUGGUUUAAUGAGGGUUGAUAGAGCCAAAGAAGCAAGAUUGCUGUUGACAUUAUCAACAGUAAACUUUGGGAAAGAUGUUUUGAAUACAAAACACCCCAAUACAUAACAAAUGGAAAAACAGGGAAUCUCACAUCAAUGUGUACAAAUCAGAAUUUAAGAUAUGCAGAUGAUUGAUAAGAGAAGCUAAAGGUAUCAAUGAAAAAUCUUUGGUCAGUAGUGUUAAGGAUGAUAAGAAGGAAUUCUUUAAAUAUAUAAUGAACCACUGAAAUCUUAGCAAAUUAUCUAGGUCCAAUACUAGCCAAAUAUGGUAAAACUAUCAAUCCUGGUGCGGGACAGGCAUAAGUAUUCAACAAAUAUUUCUGUUCUGUGGUCAGAAAGAAGCAGAAGAGUGUAGUUAGAUCUUACAGUGAUAAUUAAAUACUUUCUAUUCCACCAGUCACUAGAGAGAAUGUUAAACAGCAAGUAUUAAAGAUAAACAUUUUAAAAGUGUGGGACUGGAUAACUUAUACCCAAGUGUAUUAAAAAAAUUUACUAUGGAGCUCUCUAAAUCAUUAAUGUUGUGGUUUUGUUUUUAAACAAAUUUUACAACACUGGGGAAGUUUCAGAGAACUGAAAAAAGGCCAGUGUUGUGCCCUGUUUAAAAAGAGUAAAUGAGAUGACUUGGGAAACUGUAGGCUGGUUAUCAUGACAUCUAUCCUGGGCAAAAUCAUGGUCAGGUUGAUGUGGAAUGCUAUCAGCAAAGAAUUUAAAAAUGUUUGCAUAAUUAAUGCUGAUCAGCAUGGUUUUAUAGAGCUUGUCAAACAAAUUUGAUAUCAUUUUUGUGAAAUGACAAGUUUGGUUGACAAGGUAACUAUUUUGACAUAAUAUACUUAGAUUUCUAUAGGUAAUUUGACUUAGUCCUGCAUUGUAUGAAGUGUAGUUGUAGCCGCAUCAGUCUCAAGACAUUAAAGAGAUAAGGUGGGUGAGGUAAUGUCUUUUAUUGGAUCAACUACUGUUGGUGAGAGAGACAAAUCUUGAAAGCUUGUCUCUCUUUACCAACAGAAGUUGGUGCAAUAAAAGAUAUUAACUCACCCACCUUGUCUCUCUUAGUCUUCUUGCAUGACAUUCUGAUUAAAAAUAGCCCAAAAUCAAUGUAGCUCAUAUUAAAUGGAUUAAAAAUUGGUUAACUGACAGAUUUCGAAAGUAAUUGUAAAUGUGAAAUUGCAAUCCAUUGUGGGUAUUUCGAGAGGGGAUCUGCAGGGAUCAUCUCUUGGUCCAAUGUUGUUCAAUAUCUUUAUCAAUUAUCUGGAAAAAAUAUAUAAAAUGUAAAAUUUACAGAUGACACAAGAAUUGGUAGAGUUGUAAAUAAUGGCAUGACCUGGAUCUCUUGGUAAUAUGGUCUCAUUUGAACAACACGUGUUUUAAAACAGACAAAUACAACAUCAUCAUCUAGAAACAAGGAAUGCAGGUCACACUUAUGAGAUGGGGGGACUAUAUCUUGGAAUGUAGUGACACUAAAAAGGAUUUAGGGGUUAUGAAUGGAAACUGCUAUAAGAAUGAUUUGAGGGCUGGGGAAAAAGGCCUUAAACUGACAGAAUAAAGACACUCAAUCUGUUCAGUUUAUUGUGAGUAGGUUAAGAGGUGACUUGACCAUGGUGAACAAGUACCUACAAGGGGAAGAAUUUUCUGAUGGCAGGGAGCUCUUUAAUCUAGCAGAAAAAGGAUAUAACAAGAUCCCAUGGUUGGAAGUUGAAAUUAGACAAAUUUAUACUAGAAAUAAGCAAUAAAUUUUCAACAGUGAAGGUAAUUAACAUUUGGAACAACUUACAUAGGGAUGUGGUGGAUUGUCCAUCACUUGAAGUCUUUAAAUCAAGUCUGAAUGCCUUUCUGAAAGAUAUGCUAUAGCUCAUACAAUGCAUGGGUUUGAUGCAGCAAUUAUUGUUUAAGGUUCUUUUGUCUGUAGUAAGAGGAUGGGUGAGGGGCUUAUAAGUACCUACAGAGACUUACUCAGACAGAAUUCUAUUGAUUUUAAUGUGUUAGCUUACAGUAGUAGAAAUAUAUAUGCAGAUCGACUUUGAGAUAAAUGUCAGUGGGACUGCUUGUAAAGGAGGGUAAGACUGAACAUGAUUGAAGGGGACAGAACUGGAUCCAAAAUGACUAUUAAAAAAGAAGAACAAGUCUGUGUUCUUCUACAAGUAACACCUCGGGGCCAAAUCAUGCACUCAAAUCAUUGGCUUCAGUGAGAGUUUUGUCUGAGUAAGGAGUAAGAAUGGCAGAGUUUUGGCACUGGAUUAGGAAAGUGGUAUUCUACAGGAAAGAGAAACUUUCUCUGCCUUUACAUUCUGAAUAUUUUUGUUUUGGAAAAAUGUUAAAUUUUUUGUUGAAAAUUAAACUUUUUAGUUUGUGCGUUUUUUCAUUUUUAUAUUUGAUUAUUUAAUGAUAUCAGUCAUACUCGCUACCGAUGUCAUUAAAUAAUAACAGUACUACUAACAUGUCAUAUUGUGACGAAUCAAAAUCUAUAUUUUAUUUUUAAAAUCAUUAAGCUCUGCUGCUAUUCUGCUGAUUAAAACAUCAUCUCUUCUUUUCUUCAGAGUGUCUCCUGUUUGUGUUGUAUUGAAGCAGUAUGACACUUUGAACAAGAAGAUAGGCACUCCGUGUACUAAUUAGAGGAGCAGAUGUUUUCAAUAGCUUUGUGUUAGCCUGGAAUCAUUUUUCUAGGAUAUUGUCAAUAGCUGCUCCUCUAAUUAGUAAAAUAAGAGAAUACUGUGACUAUUGAAUCUUGACAUGAUAUGUCAUGUUGUGCACUUCUACUAUUGAUGUGUCAUGAAAUACUUUUAUUUUUACAUUAACAUAACACUGAAAAAUUUAAAAAUAAAAUUUUGAAUUAAAAAUUUUGUUUUGAAACGAAGUUUUGAAAUUUUUCCAAAACAAAAUUUUCAAAAAGAUUUAUUUUCAUAUAGAAAAUCAUGUUUUCUGUUGGAAAUUUUGUACAAAUAGAUGCAAGUUCACAAAAAACUUGGAUUAGUCAAAAUGGCAUUUUCUGAUGGAAAACUGUUUUGACUAAAAUUUUCUAACCAACUUGAGCAGUAAGCACGCCAACUUUAGCAGUAAGAAAGCUUUUGCAUGAUUCACCCCUUAUAGUUGGUCAUUUUGAAUUUUGGUACUUUAAGUAACUAACAGCACUCCGUUUCUGAUGGCAGUUUCACAAAACAGUGUUUUGAUGGGAGUACUAUAAGCAGAGGCUUUAAUACCUGCCUUUUACAGGUCUUCAGUAUUCUGGGCGGAAAACAGGAUAUAUGUUGUUUAGAAUAGACAAUAACUAAACUCAGCCAAAGAAAAAAAGCAGUGUAUUUACAUUUAACUACCAGAAGGUGAUGUAGGCAGACUGGUAUUGAAAACCUUCGCCAAAAAGCAGGGCUAAAACCGAGAACCUAGACAAGAAGGUAAAGAUCUUUUGGAUUCUUGCUAAAAGAAAAGGAGUACUUGUGGCACCUUAGAGACUAACCAAUUUAUUUGAGCAUAAGCUUUCGGCUGUAGCUCACGAAAGCUUAUGCUCAAAUAAAUUGGUUAGUCUCUAAGGUGCCACAAGUACUCCUUUUCUUUUUGCGAAUACAGACUAACACGGCUGUUACUCUGAAACCUGGAUUCUUGCUGUAAUCCAACAUAAAAAGAAAUUAGUUUGGGUUAGAUUUACUCCUUAAAGAACGCUAGCCCACAUCAGUCAGCCAUGGAAUGAAUUUCACGCAGUCACUAGCUUACGUUUGUGAUAGCUUAUAAGCAUCUUCAGUAUUCUGAACAACCUUGCAGCCCGCAAAGGAGAACUGUCCUUAAAAGGCAUGUUUGAGGUCAUAGUUUGGACAAAGAAAGGAGCUGAUGUUGCAGAUGGCUGUAUAAUGACAGCUUCUGCUCUAAAAGCAGGAUUUUGAGCAUUAUUAUACAACAUCCAGGCUUAGCUUGAGAAUGAGAUGUAAAGCUUCUUUCUGAUUUUUAAGUGAAGAAUAGGCACUGAAUACAUCUAAAAAAUUCCACUGUGCAGCUAUUGUUGCACAUCUAAUCAUAUUAUUUCUAUUAAACACUUGCAGUGAAUUCAUCUAUUUAAUUUGGUGGCUAAUGACAUUAAAUAGCUAUACACAAAUUUUUAGCAAAGGGAGAUCGAUACUGUAGCAAAACUGCAUAUGAGCAAUAAAAAGCUGUGUAGAGAAAAAUAUUGAUCCACCAGGUUGAAUGCUUGGGGGUUUUGUUUGUUUGGAGCAUGCAUUUAUACAUCCGUGCAGAGGUUCUCCCUUAUUGAGCCUGGCUCUGAUCUCAAGACUAGUGCAGAUGAAGGGAUGUUUAGAGUCCUCUUAUUUUACCACCUGAUCCUCAUUUGCUAUAUCCAGUAGCCGCUAUUUCUAUGUUAUUCUUCUGAGAAGGGUGGAAGAGAGAUCUGAGUGACCUCCAAUAAGAUCAAUGCCAUGCCUUAAGUAUGUGAUCUUCCAACCACUGCUAAAAAUCCUGUCACAGGAGGUACUCAUUUAUAACCCUUCUCCCUCCUGCAAAUAGGCUUCAGCUCCACUGACCCAGAUAAGAGAGAGAGGGAGAAUCUUGUGCCAUGCUGUGAACAAGCUUACAUCUUAGUCCUGUAAGACCUGAAUGAAAGUUAAGGGCACUCAGCACUUUGCCCAAUCAGAUGCUAGCAGUGUAAAUCCCCUGAUUUCUAGAGGCCAUUGAAAGUUUGAAACUGACAAGUUGAGGGCCACAGAGAACAGGUUAACUGCACUCUUUUGAUGAGUUAUUACUGUAUAUUGGGCUCAACUCAAAAUUAAGAUGAAAUGCACAGCACAAUAUCAGACAACGUGAAGUAAAUGAAUGACUGUGCUCCCUUUAAGAUGGGACAUAAUCUGCUAAGGAUGGCUUCUCUUAUUUUGCAUUAAGCCACUAGGAAAGAAAAAUGCUAUGAGUAAAAUAAUUAAUUAUCUACCUUUUCAUGGCAUUUCAGAAUCGGGAAAAAAACCAAGCUAGCAUUCAACAUUAAGAUUUCACACACCCCAGUAAUUAGCAUCGUAAAAUGCUAGCAUUUCCUCCAAUACUGAAAUAUUAGGUCUGAUCUCAUUAUACUCAAUGGAAAGAUGCUUGUUAACUUCGGAAAGCAUGGCAUCAGGCCAUUUAAUCUUUUCAAGACUCUAGGUAUGUAGGUCCAGAUUUUUAAAUCUUGACUUUCUUUUUUGCACUCACAAAUAAAUGUGAAGGCAGUUGUUUGCAGGUGAAAAUGAAAGCAUGUAGACAUGAAACUACUUGAUCACUCCUACUAACUAGGCAAGGUAAGCCAAAAUGUUAAAAGUAGCCUCUAAUUUUGGGUGCCUCUGUUUUUAGCAGCUCAACUUCGGGACUUUGGCCCUGAUUUUUAGAAACGCCGAACACCCACUGCAGAAAUUUAAGUCAAUGGCUUAUCAUAUCCAAGGUGUGUUAAACUGAGCAACCAAAAAAUCCAUGGCCCCUUUUCAGAAUUUGGCUGCAGGCCUGGCCUCAUUUGCAUUCACAAAUAAUGGCACUGUCAGUUGUUUGUGAAUGCACAUUUCAGACACAGAAAGGUAGGCAAGGUUAGUUGCUUUGAAAAUCAUGGUCUAGAUCUAAAACAGGGGAAUGGGAUGCGAGGGAGGUGAAGUUCUGUGCUCAGUGCUUUGCUGGAAGUCAGAGUAGAUGAUCAUAGUGGUCCCUUCUAGCCUUGAAAUCUAUGAAUCCUCAGCUGGAUUCAGCUGAAUCGCUGUCGCUCCAUUGAUUUCAGUGCCAGUUUGCACCAGUUGAGGAUUUGGCUCCAGGCCCUUAAUUUCCUCUUAAGUAUAUACAUGGCUGACAGUCUGGAAAAUGCUAGCACACUAAGGGUCAAUGAGUUGUUUUACUCAUAGGUCUCAGUGAAGAGCAGUUCCUCCCAGCACUAAACUUUUUAAAGACAGAGCCAAAUAAGAUGGCAUAAUCAAGAGUGUGCCUUUUUGUUGGAUGUACACUGUUUCUUCCCAGGCACCCAAGGGGUUAAUCUGUAGUGCAGUUCAUUUUUUCUCAAAACACAGGAAUCAUUGUACAAUCCAAUUCUGAGUGGCUGUCAAUGUUAAUUCCACUUGAUUGUUUUUAUAUUUCCUCUGUUUUCCAAAGUCAACAAAAAAUAAAAAAAUUGGGGGGAUGAAUUGUUUUAAUCAUGAAAUUAAAAUUACUAUCAAGUUUUUGGUAUCUUUGGGCAUGAUAUCUGGAAGCUUUGGAAAUCUGCUUUAUCAUUUUGUAUAUCGGACAAUUUUGUACUCUGCAUUGUUUGACUUCAUUUGUGCAUGGCAAUGUAAUUAAAAUAUGGAAUUUUUACUCUAGUGUAAAA